CACUGCGGAGGUGAUUGCCUGCAUUGGUUGGAGAAAAGCCAAAUUUUUCGAAAAUCUGUAAUGUGUAAAAAUCUAUAUAUUUCGCCAGUGCAUAUCUUGUAAAAAAAUCGCAAAUAGUACUGUGCAAAGUAUACGAAGUGUUGACGCGCCGUGUUCUUUCACGUUAUAUUAGUUAUUGUGUGAUCAAUGUCCAUCCUUUCAUUUCUACGUUGUUUUUAUUGCAGAAUUAUUGAUUACACCAUCAAAAAUUGCUAAUAGGCGCAGAAGUAAUUAACAUCUCAGUUAGUUAAUCUCGUCCCCGUGAGAUAUUGUGCGAUAACGUUUUUGUGAACAAUGUGUAAUUGAAAACAUUUAUUGGUGAAGUCAUGUCAGAGGAACAUGGCGUCAACUGUGCUGAGAGUGCAGACGCCAAUGAUGGCAAGAAGGACGAAAGUGAUAACGAUACAGUGAACACAGAACCAAAUACGGGAGAUCCCGAACAACCAAGUGCCAAUACAUCCAAAGAAAACAGUGCCAUAGAUGAAGUAACAGAAGAAACCGAAGUCAAGCAAGACGGAAAUGAUGAACGAAGCUAUGAAGGAACAAUCAGUUGGACGCAAGAAGGCGACCAGUUCAAAGUGUCGUGGUCGUUGCCCGAUGGAGUUGCUACGCCGAAGGAUUACGUCGCGCUGUGUUACGCAGAGUCGUCGGACAUCUCCGGCGAGGUCGCGCGCGUGCCGGCCACCGGAUGCACCAGCGGCGACAUAAUGUGGCUUCUUGAUGAGCCCAAUCAACCUUAUGAAGAUUGCGAACAACUCCUCUGCUUUCGCUACUACAAUGGCGAGGGCGAGGAGUGCGCGGCGGAGUCGUCGACGCUGCCGCCGCGGUUCAAGGUUGACCUCAAGAAGCUGCCCCUGCGGCUCAAGGAGGGCAUGUCCAGGAAGCGCAGCGGCGACCACGUGUCGCCCUUCUCCUACAACAACGAGAGCUUCGAGAUGAACUCGGAGUGUCCCCCGAGAGUGGAGUUCGUCCCCGGCACCAGCCACGACAUCAAACAUCUUAGCGACAACGUCAACAAAUGCUCAAUUAGUACAUUAGAAGCUAACGGGAACAAUCUCAUGCAAACAAAAUGUGAUAGUAAAUCUCUAUCUAGUAGUUUAAGUGAUGAAUCUCAUGUAAAUAUUGAAUCUCAGAGUGGUUUAGAGUGCAAGCCGACCUCGUCCGGCGUGAAGAAGAAGUGUCCCCCGCCUGUGGACACUGGAGGCGGACAGACGGUAAACGGAGUCAAAAAGAAGUCCAAGAACAUGGGUUUCGAAUCGCCAACGUCCCCAGGGACUGAGUAUUAUAAGAUCUGGUCGCCGAAGAAUCCUUGCAAGAUAAUGAAGUUUGUGUACGAUGUGGAGAGUGCCAACAUGCCCAGUGACGCGGAGAAGUCUCCCGUGCCGCCGCUCCCGCCGCGACAGUCGCACAAGCCGCUCGAGAGGAUGCACGCCUUGUCCCCGCCCCAGGUCCACAGGCACAGGAAACCAAAAAGGCUAAUGAAGCCAGAAGACACUUUCACGUUCGAGCUGAUCGACACGGACGAGCAGUUCUUCACUGAAAACAACAUCGUCAAUUCGGCGGCAACGCAGGCCGAGUUGAAUGAUUUCAAACCUGGUGAAUUUUAUUCCGGAAACCAGGCAGCUAUGUCGUCAACUACUAGUUUUUGGCGAGGAGGCCAAAACGUUGCUCCUUUGGCGACACCUGAGACUGAUGGCAGCUUAUGUGAAUCGGCAGUUUCUUCCAUUAAAUUACCUAGGUUAACUGAUGAUAUGAAGUCGAAACCAAUAUUAGAAGCGCCUGAGGAAGCGCCGAGUGUUAGUCGAAGUAAAGUGUUGUUUAUUAAAGAUAUAGGACCUGAUAAUUACAUCACUACGACAUUUGCAAGGAAAGACAAGCCAAGUCCGCCCAUAGACGUUGUAGAUGGCGUGAACCUGACGCCAAACCAUGCGAUAUCUGAAGAGAAGGCGCAACACACCUUCCUCAAUGAUAUCAGCAAUCAUUCCGAAUUUGAAGAUGACAACAGGAACCAAAUAGAGGAGAAAGAAAUAGUCAUGAAGAGGCAUAAACCACUGACGAGGCAGAGUUCUGGUCGUGCCAACACUCCUACAAUGAUGACUGCGUUCUUAAACUCGUCUCACAUUGACACACCAACGAGAGAGAUCGAUAACAACGGUUCAAAUGGCGCGAGUUCCUGCAACUCUUCGCAUUCCACGUCGCCUGUAGAGGAAUCCAACAGGAUAUUGCCAAAUGUUGGCACUAUGCUGAUGAACAGAAAAUACUCAACUGACAAUUCCACGCCAAAACACUCUAGCUUACCUAGGCAUUUAUUGAAGAAUCUUGGUACUGAUGGCACACCAAAACAUUCACCACAUAAAGUGUCGAACUCGAAGAACAACGGUGAGAGUCCUUUGCGACCGCAUCCUAGGGUGUUGACCCGAGUAGCAGCAUUAGCGGGUAACGCAGUACCUCAGUGUCCCCCUACGCCUACGCACCACGCACGAAGACCUAGGCCGUUACCUCCGCCAGAUUUACAUCCACCUCCAAUUCAAAAUACUGAAAACAGGCUCCAUGAGAACUUCGAAAUGGUAGAAUUCACCAAUGAAUUGAGAACUUCGGAGAUUAGAUCACCUAAUUUGGAGUUUGUGAACAGUAACCACUUCACGAUUGUGCAUGCUGGCCCCCCUGAUGAUGUAGUUUUAAGGCGACCUCGACCUCUAGACGAUAAUGAUGAUAAUGAUAACGCUGUUGCAUCGCCGACGCCUCUGAGGCACAUGGCUGGUAUAAGGCUCCCUUCUAUACCAGAAAGGGCUUCUAGGCAGAUGGCGUUAACUGGAGACUUCCCAGCUAAUAUGAUCGGAGGGAUAAUCGAGUGUGAAGAGCCUUUACCUGCAGGCUGGGAAGCGCGUAUGGACAGCCACGGGCGAGUCUUCUACAUCGACCACAUCAACAGGACGACGACGUGGCAGCGGCCCAGUGCCAACGGUACCACUCCGAGAUCACCAGCGCCUGAAGUGCAGAGGAGGCAAUUGGACCGCAGGUACCAAUCCAUCCGGCGCACGAUGACCCGCACGCAGUUGUCCGAGGAGGAGGGUGGGUGCGCGUCGCCCCCUCCCGGCGCCCCGCCCGCCCCCGCGUGUGCGCCGAGUCCCUCCCCCGGCCCCGCGGCGGGCGCAUGCGCGGGCGCAUCCACGUCGCGCAACACCGAGCCGCACGCGCCGCACCCCGCCGCUGAGUUCCUCGCCAGGCCAGACUUCUACUCCAUAUUGCAUAUGAAUCAGGACGCGUCCGCCCUAUACAACUGCAACUCGACGCUGAAGCACAUGAUAUCGAAGAUCCGUCGCGACACGUCGUCGUUCGAGCGCUACCAACACAACAGAGACCUCGUGGCGCUCGUCAACAUGUUCAGCGAGACCGACAGGGACCUGCCGCUGGGCUGGGACACCAAACUCGACCGGAAUGGGAAGCGGUUCUUCGUGGACCACGUGAUGCGGCGCACGACGUUCAUCGACCCGCGCGUGCCGCGCGCGCCGCAGGCGGGGCCGUUCUCCCCGCUCCUGCCGCAGCGGCGCCGCCCCGCGCUGCACCAGGCGCCGACUCCCCCGCCACGGCCGCCGCUUACAGCGUCCGAUGCGCAAGCGCACAGCACACACCAAGAAAUACCUAUUGCCUAUAAUGACAAGGUGGUGGCGUUCCUGCGGCAGCCGAACAUAAUGUCGAUCCUGCGCGAGCGCUGCGGCGGCUGCAGCGGCGCCGUGCGCGACAAGGUGCACGCCGUGCGCGUGGACGGACACGCCGCGCUGCACCGCCACCAGAACGACCUGCAGCUCACCUGCCUGCUCAGCCUGUUCGAGCAGGAGAUUAUGAGCUAUGUGCCGGCGGGCGGGUGUGGUCCAACGAGCGGCGCGAGCGCGGCGGCGACAGCGGGCGCCAGCACGCGGGCGCCCGCGCCGCAGCGGCGAGACUUCGAGGCCAAGCUGCGGGCUUUCUAUCGCAAACUUGAGAGCAAAGGAUACGGCCAGGGACCCGGGAAACUCAAAUUACAUAUUCGAAGAGAGCAUCUUUUAGAAGAUGCAUUCCGACGCAUCAUGUCAUGUGGCAAGAAGGAGUUGCAGGGUAAGUUGUGCGUCCUGUGGGACGGCGAGGAAGGCCUGGACUACGGCGGACCGAGUCGGGAGUUCUUCUUCCUGUUGUCAAGAGAACUGUUCAACCCUUACUAUGGACUGUUCGAGUACUCGGCGAACGACACGUACACCGUGCAUGUCUCACCGAUGUCCGCCUUCGUCGAUAACCACCACGAAUGGUUCCGUUUCUCGGGGCGCGUGCUGGGCCUGGCGCUGGUGCACGGGUACCUGCUGGAGGCAUGGUUCACGCGCGCGCUGUACCGCGCGUUGUUGCGCCUGCCGCCCGCGCUCGAGGACGUCGACGCGCUCGACGCACAAGUUUCGCUGCUCUCGCUGCGCUGGCUGCAGUCCGCGCGUUGCGUGUCAUCACUCGAGCUAACAUUUGCGGUUUCGGAACGUCUCGCCGACGGGCGGGUGUUGGAACGGGAACUGAAGCCCGGCGGGAGGGACAUAGCCGUCACGGAGAGGAACAAGAAGGAGUACCUGGAGAGGGUCGUGCGGUGGAGGGUCGAGAGGGGCGUCGCGGAGCAGACCGAGUGGCUUGUACGAGGGUUCCACGAGGUGGUGGACCCUCGGCUGGUGGCGGCGUUCGACGCGCGCGAGCUGGAGCUGGUGAUCGCGGGCGCGCCCGAGCUCGACGUGGCGGACUGGCGCGCCAACACCGAGUACCGCGGCGGCUACCACGACGCGCACCCCGUCAUCAUAUGGUUCUGGCAGGCUAUCGACAGAUUCACAAACGAGCAGCGUCUGCGGCUGGUGCAGUUCGUGACGGGCACGUCGUCGAUCCCGUACGAGGGGUUCUCGGCGCUGCGCGGGUCGACGGGUCCGCGGCGGUUCUGCAUCGAGCGCUGGGGCUGCGUGGAGUCGCUGCCUCGCGCCCACACCUGCUUCAACCGGCUCGACCUUGCCGCUUCCUACCCCACGCCGCAGCUGCUGCACGAGAAACUGCUGUUGGCCGUCGAAGAAACCAACACGUUCGGCAUCGAGUGAAGCGGCGGCGAUAUCUUUUGGUCUAGAAUUAUUGUUCCGUGCAAAUCGUAGAACGCUUCGGCGGCUCGCACGAACCGCAGUAAUGUAGGUCGCGGUAGACUUAAUUAGCGUUCAGUACUCACUGGCCAAUACUGAAAAUCUACAUCCGAUAAGGAUUAUCGGUGAGUUCGGUGACCUCGCGAACGUAUUGAAAACGCAUAAGCAGCUGUAAAUAAUCGUGACUAAUAUAAACACUUUUGUUGUCAAUGUAAAUAAUAGUCAAUUGAUAAGGCAGACGAAGGACAAAGAUAGUGUAGGGAGUGAAACAUAAAGUAGAUGUGCCUAGAUAUUUAUUGUUGUAACUAAAUAGCCACUUAUCCUACGAGGUUUGUACUUUAUUAACGCUUUUAUUGUAAGUGAAUGUAUACUGUGGCUGUGAACGGGACUCAAGUCCUGUGUUUAGAUAUUACGCUUUACGUCACUAAUUUAUAAUUAUAUCGUAAAUGUAACCUAUCUAUGACCCUUCAUAAGGAUGUUUAAUUUAUUGGUACAGUAGCAAAUACUUGAAUGUGAGUUAUGGAAAAUAAGUAUUUCAACAAAGUAUUAUAAAUUUUGCUCAUGAAUUCAAAUUCAGCAGAUAUAGGAGGAUUACGUACGAGAGCCCUAGUCAGUUGUGUAUAUUACAGUAAAUGGAGAAGGACUGGUUACUGGUGGUACUGGCAUUUCAAACCUCUGUCUUCUAGCUUUCCUCGCAUGUUUGGGGAGCACAGCGCUGCAACCCCUUGCUAACUCGACAACAUACAAAACAAUGUGUACUUGUGAUGUGCAAAUGUUGAUGUUCCUUUGUUAUUAGUAGUAAUUUUUCUGUAUGAACUUGUGUCACUAUGUAUUAUUUCCCAUAUGAAUAUAAUUUUACAUGCAGUUCUUAGAACAAACCACCAAAUUUGUAUUUCAAAUGUAAAUAAAUAACUUAUUUAUUGUGCUUAAGUAUCCAUUACAAUACAUAGUGUAUGUUUAAUGUUUAUUUUUGUAAGUAAUAGCUAUAUUGUGUUGAAUAUUUAACUAUUUGUGUAUUUGUUUAUUGUCUGUGAAUUUUAAAUAAAUUGUUUUUGUGUGAAAAAUGGUGAAAUGUGUCAAUAUACAACAUUACUUACAAA